GUUUUUUUGUCUCCGUUUUGGCGCAUCAUCCAUAACUACUCCUGACUCGGUUUCCUGGAGAUAAGUGAGAUAGGUAUCCACUGCUUGCUUGGAACCCGGCCGGCUGGGCGACAAACGAGCACGUGCCUGCCGCUGCUGGUUGCCAUCAUCAUCAUGCGAGCCCUCUUCAUCCUCUCCUGGUGCUGCUGCUGUGUUGUGCAGAUGUUGCUGCUGCCCGUGCAUGCGUUCAUCCCUCCACCUCGUACGGCGUUCUUCCGGUCGUCGGCCACUGCCGGACCCCGGCAACACACUUCUUCCUUCUCGAGGCCGUCGUCUGCCGACAGCGGCAGCGGCAGCGGUGAUUUUUCCUUCAACGAUUUGGAACGGGAGCUCAGCCGGAGGAGACAAAAGGAAGAGCGAGAAACAGGGGGACCGGCUGCCUCGUCAAGACCACCACCAGCAGCCAACGCGACCGGUGCUGUGUAUUCUCGGGGCCUGGAUGAAGGGGAGGCCUUCAUGGAAGAACAGAUGGUGCUGCGCAAGAAGCUGUUGAAGGCCUACGUGGUCGUUUUUAACCAGGGGGAGCUCGAAGAGGGAGUCUACACUCUCUUCGUCCAGGGCCGAAACGUCUUGCGCGCGUGGCAGGAUAAGCCGGAGGCGGCGAGGUACGCGCUCAUGUUGAGGGCCGAGGACCUGCCCUUGGGAAGGCCGACGGAGCUCCCGAUGUCGCAAAUCAUUGAGUUCUGCAAGGACAACGGUGUCGGGUUGGAGAUCGUCCCGAGGGGGAGGGGCCUACACCCCCCGAGCAGAAAUAAGCCGCAUAUCGAUUUUGACUACUCGAAAUCAUCGUCGCACGGGCAAGACGGCGGUAGCGCUCGCGGUUCUUCUACUGCCGCCGCUGGGACGGGACGACCACGGCAGGACGAGUCGUCUCUCUUUACACCCCAGGAGCUGGCACGCAUAAAGAAGCAGUUCGAGAAGUCACUCGAAGACAGCGACGAGGAAGAAUGAACAAAGGAAAAUAUACGCUUCAUAUUAUUUGUACAUGUAUACGUGCAUUUCUAAUUCUAUUCAUUGCUUUGACGAGGCAGUUCUCCACAGGCUAGAAGAGACUUGCGAUGGGACGAGGGUAAAGGGAAGCAGUAGCUGCUGCGGAAUAGAGAGGAGGUUCGGGUUCGUCCGAGGAACGAGCGGGGGCUAGGGGCAUGAGGACCAAGUGGGACAUGGUGCAUGUAAUUUUUUUUUUUUGUCUUGUUCUUUUACCCACAGCAUGUCUCACAAGAGAUAGAGAGACACGCACACGGACGUAUCAUGCGGUUUGGGGGGGGGCGGCGGAUGGAUAUAGAGAGUGGGGGAGGCGGGAGCAUUGUGGUUUUGGUUAUGUGACGAUGAUUUAGAUGGGUGUUUUUAGAGUGCCGCAAGGGCGUGUUUCAGGUGUCUACAUGUAGAAGAGAACGGCGAAUAAUAUAGGUCUCGCAUCGGGAAACAUGCGACAAGUUUGGCCGACAAUCGGCUCUGGGAGGCAUGCACGAAGCCUUGUGUGACCGAUGGGUAGAGAUUAUUGCCCAGCUCCGUGUACGUUUGUGUUUUUGCAGGGCACCUCAUUUUGUUGCGAGGAUGCACAGCGAGAGCGGCCCGCAACCGAGACUUGCACGCACGAAAGCGGAGCAGGCAUUAGGUGUGCACCACUACGUGUGCGCCGUGUUCACGAUGUACAAUCAAUCUUGGGUCUCUCGGCGUUGGUGCGCCCCGCGCAUGAAUGUGCACUGCCACCGCCGAGCAAAAGCUCUUACUUAUGCUCGAGGCUGGUGUGCGUAUCCUUGCUCGGUGGGCUGCUUGUGCCGAUGCGGUAGUCGCUUCGCUUUCAAAGUUUGUCUGGGAUGUCGGGCAUGGCAAGGCGCGAGCAAUAGUUCUCCUUGAAUCCGAUGUUGUGGGCCUCUGUCUAUUUAUUGGCUGCCAAGGUGAUCAAGGUGGCGCUACCCUAGUUGGGCUUAGGUGACAUGACGACGUGAACAGAUGCGCUUUGUUUGUAAAGCUUUCGAACAAGUCCUCUCGUCUGAGAUGAAUACCGGGGAGUUGCUUUCGUCACACGCUCGCCGUACUUUGUACUACGUAGGUGUUAUUUUUUUUCUUGUAGCCGAACAAAGCCUCCGGCGAGGUAUACUUAUUUCUCUUGUUUACUCGUCGUGAAGGCGUGAGUGUUGACUUUUAAUCGGCGGUGUCGAUGUUUGGUGGUGUAUAUAUGUGCUGAACUUCGAUGCGAUUUUCAUCAAUUUUGUUCUUCCCAAGCGAUUUUGGAGGCGGAUCCCUAGGUAGGGUAGAUGCCAUACGCCGCUAGACUACACUUGAAAGAGAGGGCGAGAGCUGGAAAAUAAACAACGGUAGACAAUUGUUGCGUGAGGGUUACCCGUUUCUGUAAGCCUUGUGGUUAAUCACACCCCAUGGUCUGAAUGACACUCGUUUGUGCUGAUUUCUUUUCACAAGCGGGACGCGUCCAAUGAAAACCGGAGAGUUUUUUCUAUGUCCGGGCCUGGUCAGCUAUGGUUAGCUAUGCGUAAUGUUCGAGCCAGAUACAUGGCGGUAUGUUC